AUGUCGAAGCGGAAGACGAUCGCCGGAAGCUGUCAGGACGACGGCUACCAGGAGUACGUGAACCUGAGCAUCGAAUGGAACCGGUGGAUCCUGAAGCCGAUGGGCGUCUGGCCGCGUUCGAGCAACAUGUCGAGGCUCAGGCGAUGUUUCACGCGAAUGACGAACGCUCUCUGCUACUCCCUGAUCACCUUCCUGUUCGUACCCUGCGGCCUCUACGUGUUCCUCGAGGUGGAGGACAUCUACGACAAGCUGAAGCUGUUCGGUCCGCUGAUAUUCUGCGUGAUGGCGUUCAUGAAGUACUCCUCGCUGAUAGUCCACGAGAACGAGAUCCGCGAGUGCAUGAGGCUGAUCGAGUGGGACUGGAGGAACGCCAGGCACCGCGAGGACAGGAGGAUCAUGGUGGCCAACGCGACUUUCGGACGGCGUCUGGUGAAAAUCUGCGCGUUCUUCAUGUUCAGCGGCUUCGUGUUCUACUACAUCGCGGUGCCUAUCAGUGUCGGGAGGAUCGCGCACGCGGGAACCAACAGGACGUUCCUUCCUUUGAUGUUCCCCUUCCCGAAGCUGAUCGCUAACACGCACGUCAGCCCCGCGAACGAGAUCAUCGUGUCGAUACAGUUCGUCGCGGGCAUGGUGCUGCACGUGGUCGCCGUGGGCAGCUGCAGCCUGGCUGCCGUCUUCGCCGCUCAUCUCUGCGGCCAGAUGGAAAUACUGAUGUGCUGGCUGGGACACUUGGUGGACGGUCGCGACGACAUGAGCAGCACCAUGAACGGCAGGGUCGCGAGCAUCGUGAGUCAACACGUUCGAAUACUGAAAUUUCUGACUCUCGUGGAAAGGACGAUAACUCAAAUAUCUCUCGUGGAAUUUUUUGGGUCCACACUGGACGUGUGCCUGCUUGGAUAUUACGUUAUUGUGGAAUGGACGUCGAAGGAAAUGACGGCUACCGUGACGUACAUGGUGCUACUCAUAUCUCUCACGUUCAAUAUUUUCAUAUUCUGUUACAUAGGCGAGCUGGUCGCUGAACAAUGCAGAAAAGUUGGCGUGAUGUCUUACAUGAUUGAUUGGUAUCGAUUGCCAGAGAACGAUAAGCUCAGUUUGGUCCUGAUAAUGGCGAUGUCGAACUCGUCCAUGAAACUUACUGCCGGAAGCCUCGUUCAAUUAUCACUGACCACGUUCAGCGACGUUGUUAAAACGUCAGUUGCAUUCCUGAAUAUGCUGCGAACAUUGGCUUGA